CUACUAGAAUAAAUACUCUUAACUGCCUUCAGUCACUAAUAUAUUUCAACUGACAGAACACUAAAGCAAAUCAAGUUGUUUCUGUGAAGUAAAAUGGAACAUUUACGUAGCACAAAUGUUGUGUUUGCAAUUGUAAUAGCAUUGUUGGUAGUACAAUCAUCUGCACGACCACAACCAGACGAAGUUGAAGAACUAAAAAAGACACUUUAUAAUACGUGUUAUCAAAAGUUUCCAAUUUCAGAAGAAAUCAAGAAUAAUGCUAAAAAUGGAAUAAUAGUUGAUGACAACAAUUUUAAAUGUUUUUUAAGGUGCUGCUUAGAUGAGGUGUCAUUGAUUGAUGAAGACGGUAUUAUUGAUGGAGAAUCACUUAUAUCAAUGGCAACAGACAAAUUACGACCAUUUGUAGAAAAAUUAGUCAAUGAUUGUCUACCAGUCGAUAAACAAGAUGGAUGUGAAGCUGCAUUCAAAUUUAUGACUUGCAGUAUGAAGUUAAGUCCAUUGGCUAUUGAACUACUUCCACUGUAAUAAUCAAUUUGGAUCCAAUACAUUUAUUUAUGGAUAGACUGUAAAAUAUUUACUAAAACAAACACCAUUGAUGCGUAGUACGACUUACUCAAGAACCCUUAUUUAAUUCUAUAUACAAUCAUGGAAUAUAAUUUUGCACUCUAAAUAAUAAACGG